AUGGCAACCACCCCCUGGAUCGUGAACGUGGCAGAUCACCCGGGCUCCUCCGCCCAGGAAAUCGAGGACGAACCCGACUGGGGCAGCGGCCACCACCACCGCAUCGGGUUUAAGAACCGCGACAACCGGGUGCCGGGAGUGACCCACAAGCAUGACGAGUACGACGAGGAAGUCGAGCGAGUCAGGCGCGGGCUGAAACAGCUCCGGGACCAGGCCAAGAAAGGGCGGCUGGUCAACUUUCGCGACCUGAUCAACGCGCAAGAGGUCCUGCGAAGCGACUUCCACCUCCGGCGCCCCGAGAACCGGUCCGUCGGCUGGCGCUAUGUUCUCGACACGACGGAAGACUGGGUCAAGAACGAGCAGAACUGGCCGGCGAACAUCAAGAAGAGAGAAGCCGAGAAGAAGAAGCAGGAGGAGGAGGAGGCGGCGGCGAAACGCAAAGGCGGCGACGACACUGACGGCGAGAGACGACCACAGGAAGAGCAUCAAUGGAAACGCUCCCAAGGUGAAGGCGGGAAACACCACGAGGCAUAUGCCCACAGCCAGGGCGACGGGGACCAACCCAACGGAGACCAGGAAGUAUCAUCAGACGAGCCCAAACCCAAACCCCCAUCACUGGAGGAAAAGUACACACCCCAAGAGCUCGCCCUCCUGCGCUGCCUCCAGCACGAGAAGGAGUACAUUUCGCACCUAAAGGUCAACAACGGCAAGCGGGCCUCGCCGCAGGCCCGCCACCAUCGCGACGCCCCAGUGGUCUCCAUCGACGAACGCGACCAAUUCACGCCCGACAACUGGCUCCCGCGCUCGCCGGACUUGGUGCGCCUGACGGGGCGGCACCCGCUCAACGCGGAGGCGCCUCUGGACCGCCUCUUCGCCGCGGGGCUCGUCACGCCCAACGAGCUGCACUACGUGCGCAACCACGGCGCCGUGCCGCGCCUGCUGUGGGAGUUCCACGAGCUCGAGGUCGUCCCGUACGGCGCCCAGGGGGACGGGAAGGGAGUGCUGAGGCUGUCCAUGGAGGACCUGAGGACGGGCUACCCGACCAUCAACAUCGCCAUCGCGCUGGCCUGCGACGGGAACAGACGCAAGGAGCUGAACAUGAUCAAGAGGAGCAAGGGGUUUAACUGGGGGGCCGGCGGGGUCAGUUGCGCGUACUGGAAGGGCCCGCUGCUGCGGGAUGUGCUGCUUUCUGCCGGUAUUUUGGAGAAACCGCCGGCCGGAGAUGGCAGUGUACGGUACUGGGUCAACUUCGAAGGGGCGGACGAUCUCGCAGGGGAAAGAUACGCCACCUGCAUCCCGUUUGAGUAUGCCAUGGAUGCGACCAACGACGUCAUACUGGCCUACGAGAUGAACGACGUGCCCCUGCCCCCGGACCACGGCUACCCCGUGCGGCUCAUGGUCCCCGGCUACGUCGGCGGGAGGUGCGUCAAGUGGCUGCGCCGGAUAUGGAUCAGCGACAAGGAGAACGACAGCCACUACCACAUCUGGGACAACCGGGUGCUCCCAGCGUUUGUGACGGAGAAGGACGGCGAGUUCGCCGAGACGCUCUUCCGCCACCCGUCGACGUCCUGCAACGAGCAGAACCUCAACUCGGUCAUUCUCCAGCCCGCGCACGGCGAGAAGAUCUCGCUGACGGAGGCCCGGAGGGGGCGCAGCUACCGGAUAGCGGGCUACGCAUAUGACGGCGGAGGCCACGAGGUGCAGCGCGUCGAGGUGUCGCUUGACGGCGGCGCGACGUGGCUAUACUGCAUCCGCGAGUUCCCCGACUGCCCUAUCCGGCACGGCAAGAAGUUCUGGACGUGGGUCUACUGGCACGUCGACGUCGAGCUAUCGCACCUCCUCCGCGCCGAGAGCAUCAUCGUCCGCUGCUUCAACGUCUUCAAGAACACCCAGCCGGAGCACCCGAACUGGAACAUCAUGGGCAUGAUGAACAAUUGCUGGUACAUCGUCCGCCCCGAGAUCGCGUACAGCGGGGACUCGGACGUGCCGUGCAUCCUGUUCAGGCACCCCGUCGAGCCGGCGAUGGGGGACGGUGGGUGGAUGCAGCCGAGCGAGGAGAACAAGGUCGAGCAGGCGAAGCAGGAGUCGGGCACGCCGCAGAAGCAGUUCACGCGCGAGGAGAUCGAGAAGCACGAUAAAGAGGGCGACUGUUGGAUCGUGGUCGACGGGAAGGUCUACGACGCGACGAGCGUGCUCGCCUGGCACCCCGGCGGGAAGGCUGCCAUCCUCGGCCAUGCCGGGAAGGUGCAUCAAGAGACCACCGACGAGUUUGCCGGUAUCCAUGAUGGGUAUGCGUAUCAAAAAUUAAAGGAAUGCAUCCUAGGCACAGUAACGGAGAAAGCGGCCAAUUUUAUCAAGGAGGGCGUAGAGGAGGCCGCGAGAGAAGCGGCCUCAAGCCAAGACGGCGAAGAUCGACUGACUCUCCAGAAGCACCGAUGGGUCCCCGUCAAGCUCCUCAGCCGAAAAGUGCUCUCCAAAGAUUCAAGAGCUUACACCUUCAAGCUCCCGGACGGCAAGGAUCUCCUCGGUCUCGGCACGUGCCAGCACGUCCAGAUCGGGUUCCACAUGAAAGACCGCAUGCUGAUCCGCAGCUACACCCCCACAAGGCCUCUGCUACCAGCCGACACAGGUACCCCCAAAAACAGUCCUCAAAAGUCGGGACCGAAGCCCAACGGGAACUCCCAGGCAGAUCCGGCGGACGACCCAUCCGCCUGCGACGGCGGCGGCACGUUCGAGCUGACGGUGAAGACCUACUUCCCUGACGAAAGCCAGCCCGGCGGCGCGCUGUCCAACAUCCUCGACUGCAUGCCCAUCGGCGGCGAGGUGGAGAUCCGGGGGCCGACAGGGGACAUCGUGUACAACGGCAACGGGACGUUCGUGAUCGAGGGCAAGGAGCGCGCCUUCGCCAGGGUGUCGCUCGUCCUCGGCGGCUCGGGCAUCACGCCCGGCUACUCGCUCGUCGCGCGCAUCCUGCUCACGCCGGGCGACCGGACCGAGCUCAGGGUCGUGGACGCGAACAAGACAGAGGCCGACGUCCUCCUGCGGGAGGAGCUGGAGGGGUUUGAGCGGGACUCGAAGGGGCAGAUGAGAGUGGCCCAUGUCCUGAGCGAGCCCGGCGAGGCGUGGCGCGGGUUGCGGGGAUACGUGAAUGCCGAUGUGUUGAGGCAGAACCUGUUCCCCCCGGCUCAGGAUAGUGUUGUCUUCCUCUGCGGCCCACCUGCCAUGAUCCAAAAGGCGGCCCUGCCGGCUUUGAGAGAUUGGGGCUACGUUGAGGAUGAGAAUAUGUUUGGCUUUUAAAAUAUCUACACGAAGGGAGGGCGAGAUGGUUUUGAUAUGCAUAGAUCCCAUCCCGAUUAGAUCUCCAGCCCGGUACUCGACCAGAUGGUUAGGGCUGCUAUGUUUUCUCAUCAAUGAGUCCAUACCCAAAGGCAGGGAUAUGAGGGUUCUAGAGUUGGGUAUAUCGGUGCGGUGUAUAUGACGAGGAACAAUUAAGCUCCAUGUAAUCAGAGGAUACACCGAGAAGCCCCAAUGUAAGUGAGGCACGU